AUGCUUGUGUUUCAUGAUGAGCUCACAACUAAUUCAACAAACAGUUCGCUCACCAUUACAAACAGCAUCAACACCCUGCAGGCUGGUGAGGAUCAGGCAAUUUAUCCUCAGGACUCAAUUGAUUUUGAGUCAGACUCUACAGCAUCUGAACAAGACUCUCCCAUGCAAGACCAUUUUCCCAUCUAUAGUCCACAGAAUGAUCUAUUCCCCUUCAAUGAUGAAGAAACAUCUAGAGAGAGCAGAAGUAUGUGGCACAGCAAGUCAGAGGAGGAAGAGAAGAAGUUCAUCCCUACAUCCAAAAGUGAUACAGAGAAAUAUAAAGUGAGUCGAACGCUAAGCUUCCUCAGGAGCCGAAUGGUCAACACCAAAAUAAAAAACAAGGUCAAUGCAGAUGUUUCCUCAGCUUUGCACCAGCUCUGCUCACUGCAGGAGCCUGUUAAUACAGCUUGUGCAGUCUGUGAGGAAAUGAACAGUGAUGAACCACAGCAGUGCACAUACUGCUCCAUGAUCAUUCAUAAGGCCUGCUGUGAUUCUGCCCCUCUGUGUUUAAAGAAUCCUCAUCAGGCACUUCUGAAAAGCGCAGACUCUUCAAUAUUAAUUUACUCGUCCAGUCAGAGUUCUCCAUCUCUGUCUCUGGUCCCUGAGAGUAGCACAGUAUCACACAGAAAAAGGAGUAACAGCGAGGGGUGUGGCCAUAAUGUCACUCUGCGGAAAAGCAAGUCAUUGAUUGGUCAUUUUUCUGUAAGCUCCACCUCCAAUUCAUCAGCUCAGAUUUCAUUUGACUACUCUGCUGAAUCAUGGAGUGCAGUUGUAGAUGCUGAAUUCAGCAGGACACUGAAGAAAGAGGUGGUCAAGAGACAGGAGAUCAUCUAUGAGCUGAUGCAGACAGAAUUUCACCACGUCCAGACGCUCUCCGUUAUGGCUGAUGUUUUGAGACGGGGUCUGCAGGAGGACGUGCAGCUGGAGCAGGACAUUAUCAGUCAGAUUUUCCCCAGGCUGGAUGAGCUCUUAGCUUUACAUAGGAACUUUCUUUUAGACAUGGAGACCAGACAGAGGGCGUCUGUUUAUCCAGGAGAACACAAGAACUACAUCAUUCAGCAAAUCGGUGAUGUCCUGUGUCAGCAGUUCUCAGACCCGAAUGCUUCUCAGAUGAUAGAGUUUUAUGGCGAUUUCUGCAGUCAGCAUCCAGAAGCGCUGAAGAUUUAUAAGCAGCAGUUGCAGAACAACAGGAAACUGCAGAUAUUUCUCAGACAGCAGAGCACCAAAUCUGUCAUCAAACGACGCGAAAUCCCAGAAUUCCUAUUGCUCGUGACUCAGAGAAUCACAAAGUACCCUGUUCUGAUAGAGAGACUCCUUCAACACACUGAUGAUAGCAGUGGCGAGCAUUAUGACAUUGCAAUGUCACUGGAGGGUCUGCGUGCGGUUAUAGAGGAGGUGGAGCGGCGUGUGGGAGAGUACGAGCGUUUAAAGAAGCUGCAGGACAUCAUCAGUCGACUAGACAACAAGAGCUGCACUCGUCUGAAGAACGGAGAGAUCUUCAGCAAACAAGACUUGCAGAAACCACAACGAACUCUUACUCACUCCUCAGUGCUGACAUGCAGGACCACCUCUGGCAGACUCAAAGAUGUUCUGGCAUUGCUCCUCACAGACGUUCUGGCUUUCCUUCAGGAAAAAGAGCAGAAGUUUGUCUUUGCUGCGUUGGAGCAGAAACCCUCCGUGAUGCCCUUGCGAAGGCUUAUCGUGAGGGAAAUAGCCAAUCAGGAGCGAGGACUAUUUCUCAUCAGUAGUGACUGCUCUGUGGGGCCGGAGAUGUACGAGAUACACACACAGACUCGUGAGGAGCGCAACAUGUGGAUGACACUGCUGAGACAGGCCGCGGAGAGUCUUCCUGAUGACCAAACCAAGAAGAAUGAGGGGGAAAUUAAAGUCAAGAAGAUACAGAAGCUACAAGAGGCGCUGUUUUCACUGGAUCUGCAGGUGUGCUCCGUCAUUGAGGAGAAGUUAAGGAUCUGCAGAGGCUCUGGUAGUAGAUGGAGUCUGGCUAGCUGUCGCCUUCUCGUUCAACCCCACCCUGAAAACACCCCUCAGUGUGUCACAUUACUGUCUGAUGCACAAGAAGAGGUGGUGAAGCUGGCUGUCACCUUGCUGUCUUGGCUUUUCCCAUGCAUAUUGUCACCAAGUACCCCUGACGGCUUUAUUGAGGAAAGAGCCAACUAUAAUGAACAAAAUUUGCCGAGUAGGAGCAGGAGGAGUGGUCUGGUAGGAACAGGGGUCGGCCCUCUCACAAUGGCCCCGAUAAACCCCGCCCCUCAAAUUUAUUUAAAGGUAGCGGAGGGUGUUCACAACUUAAUCCAUAUACUCUACAGUCUGCAGGCUGCUAUAAUAAUCCAAGACAGCUGCUUUGAAGUUCAAAAUCUCCUCCUCCUGGAGGGAGAAGCCAGUGAUUAUGAUGUCAAAAGGCAGAGUUUGGAGUAUGGUGUUGUUGGCUGUGGAACUGCGGCUGUGCAACAGACAGAACUGGAGCAGAAAGAGAGAGAGCAUGCUGAACUAAUGGACAGACUGACCAAAGAGAGCGAGCAGUUUGAGCAGGAGCUGCGGCUGUUUGAGGAGGAAAUGAAGAAGCUGAGAGAGGAGGAGAAGAGAGUGAAAGAAGAGAGAGAGCAAUUAAAGGAGGAGGCCAAGAGAGUGUCGAAAGAGAAGAAGAGUCUGGAGACAAAGAUAAGACUCAUUCAAAAUCCAAAUCCUCGUCAAAUCAUCCUGCCUUGUAUAACACCACAGGAGAACUGAACUACAUUCAUGUAUAUUGUAUAUACAGUGGGGGAGCUAGGUAUUAAACAUGUCAUGUUUUUCCUGGGAAUAAUAUUUCUAAAGGAGCUGUUGACAUGA